AGGCCUCGCCCCGUCCGUUGCGCGGCCGGCAGGAGGCGCCUCGAGCCGGGAGCCAGCUCGGCUAACGGCGGGCGUGGGAGCCGCGCGCGGGGGGACGCAGCUGACGGGCUGCACUGAGGCUCCAGCCUUCCCCCAGCCACUGGUCGAAAGCGUCAGUGCUUAUUCAUGAAGACGCACCCACCAUGUUUUAUGGGACUCAGUUGAUCAUGUCUCCUCCCACCAAGAAUAAGCUGAAGCGACAGAGCCAGCUACUAUCCACCAUGCUGUCCCGGACACUGAGUUACAAGUAUCGUGACCUGGAUUCCACCUUCGGCAGCCUAGGUGCCAGUGAUGACCCCUCGGAGCUCUCCACGCAGCUCUCAGCCCCCGGAGUCCUGAAGGUGUUUGGGGACAGUGUCUGUACAGGCACCCAUUAUAAGAGUGUUCUGGCCACUGGCGCCUCCAGCGCUCAGGAGCUGGUGAAAGAGGCGUUGGAGCGUUAUGCCCUGGACCCUGAGUGUGCCGGACAGUAUGUGCUCUGUGAUGUUGUGGGCCAGGCUGGGGACUCUGGGCAGCGGUGGCAGGCCCAGUGCUUCCGAGUGUUUGGGGACAAUGAGAAGCCCCUCUUGAUCCAGGAGUUAUGGAAGCCCCGAGAAGGCUUGUCCCGGAGGUUUGAGCUAAGGAAGAAGUCUGAUGUGGAAGAGCUGGCAGCAAGGGAUGUAGAUACCACCACAGCAGGGAUAAACGCCCAAGCCCGGAGGCUACAGCGUAUCCGUGCCAAGGGAACCCCAGCCCUCACCUCUGAGGCUGCCCAAAGCUCCCCACCAACCGGGCUUCGCCGUACAGUCAGCGAGACCAGCCUAAGCCCAACGCUACCUGAGGCUGCCCAGAAGCCUGAGGAGCCCCUCCCUGCCACCAUGCGUUACUCCCUGUACCAGUGCCCACACCUGCUGCUGUUGCAGGGCUACAGCCAGCAGCACGACAGCCUGGUGUAUGUGCUCAGCCGGGAGCGGCACACAGUGGGCCAGCGCACACCAUCUAGCAAACCCAGCAUCAGCUUGUCUGCCCCAGACAUCCUGCCCCUGCACUGCACCAUUCGCCGCCACCAGUCCCCAGAAGGUGGCCCAGAGGGAACCAGGCUAGUGCUGGAGCCGAUUGCAGGUGCGCCGGUGUCAGUCAACUUCUCAGAAGUGGGAAGGAACCCCGUGGUGCUACAACAUGGCGACCUGCUCUCCCUGGGCCUCUACUACCUGCUGCUGUUCAAGGACCCUGGGCAGGCACAGCCACUGCCUGCCUGUGCCCUCGCCCGUCUUGGGGCAGCACCACAGAGCUGUAGGAUGUGUGGUGCAGUGCUCAGAACCCGUGGAGCCCCUUCCCUGCCUGCUGCUGUGGUCCAGCGGCGGUCACUGCUCCUGGAGUUUGAGCCCGACGUGGAGGACACACUGCUUCAGAGGAUCAUGACGCUGAUUGAGCCUGGGGGUGACGACCACAAGCUGACACCUGCCUUCCUCCUCUGCCUCUGCAUCCAGCAUUCUGCCACUCACUUCCAGCCGGGUACCUUCAGGCAUCUCCUGCUCAAGAUCUCCAAAAGGGUCCGAGACACUGUCUGGGAGAAGACCAAAGAGCUAGCGGAAAAGCAGGCACAACUCCAGGAGCCCAUCUCCUGGGCCAGCUUCCCCAUGGCCGACCUGGUUCCCGACCUCCAACACAUCCUGUUUUGGAUGUCAAACUCCAUCGAGCUCCUGUACUUCAUCCAGCAGAAGUCCCCACUGUACAUGCAGAGCAUGGAGGAGGAGCUGGAUGUCACAGGCUCCAAGGAGUCGCUGUUCUCCUGCACACUGACGGCCAGUGAGGAGGCCAUGGCCGCCCUGGAGGAGGUGGUACUGUAUGCUUUCCAGCAGUGUGUCUAUUACCUCUCCAAGUGCCUGUAUGUCUGCCUCCCGGCCCUCUUGGAAUGCCCCCCAUUUCAGACAGAGCGCAGGGAGAGCUGGCGCUCAAGCCCCGCUCUGCCUGAGGAGCUUCGGCGUGUGGUGUCGGUGUUCCAGGCCACCAUGGACCUCCUGCGGCAGCUGCAGAUGCAUCCUGAAGUGGCCUCCCAGAUGCUGGCUUAUCUCUUCUUCUUCUCUGGCACACUGCUCCUCAACCAGGUCCUGGACAAGGGACCCUCUCUGAGUUGCUUCCAUUGGCCCAGGGGUGUCCAGGUGUGUGCCCGCCUGCAGCAGUUCCUGGAGUGGGCCCGGAGCGCUGGCCUCGGGGCACCUGCUGAGCGGUUCUUUCGGAAGCUUUCCUGCACCCUGCAUCUGCUGGCCACUCCCAGUGCUCAGCUCAUCCAGAUGAGCUGGGCCACCCUGCGGGUCACAUUCCCUGCCCUGAACCCUGCUCAGCUGCACCGGCUGCUGACUCAGUACCAGCUGGCCUCUGGCAUGGGCCCUGUGAGUGCUUGGGAGCCAGGAGCCCAAGACAGUCCUGAGGCCUUCCAGUCAGAGGACAUCCUGGAGUCCUACGAGAACCCACCGCCCAUCGUUCUGCCGAGCCAGGGCUUCCAGGUGGACCUGGAGGCUGACUCUGUGGAGGACAGCGUCUACCAGCACCUGCUCUACGUCCGCCACUUCCUGUGGGGGCUGCGGGGCCAAGCUCGCUCUGACAGCGGGCCUUCCCAGCCUGCGAGUAUCGAGGAAACAAUCAUGGAUGCCUGGUCUAUCUCCACUUCUGGGCCUCAACGUUUGUCCACCUUCUCUUCCCAGGGCCUGUACCACACAAUUCCUGAGGGACAUUUGGAAGGCCAUGGCUGCCCCCUGGCUAAUAGGGAGUCAGGCAGAGGAGCUGUGGAAACUGCCCCUGCCCAUGCUCUUCCUGUCACUGGAGCUCCUCGGGCACAGGCUCCCCCUGGAAGACAGCCUACCCGAGGGGACCGCAGGGGCUCCCAGGCUGGCUCUCUGCACACUGACUCCUCCUGCCUGCUCACUCCUCCCAGUACACCACUGGGCCUGGAGCCUGGAGGCCCCGCCUGGCCAGAGUCCAGCGGCCUCUGUGGAAAAGCACUCACUGACAGGCAGAGGAACGGAGCAGGUGGUCUUCCUGGUGCAGUCCUAGAAGGAGAUGCUGUUCCGGCUCCGGCUGACCCUCCUGCUGAGGCCUCCAGCCCCAGCUCCAGCACGGAGGACUUCUGCUACGUGUUCAUGGUGGAGCUUGAGCGAGGCCCCUCGGGGCUGGGAAUGGGCCUGAUUGAUGGGAUGCACACACCUCUGGGGGCCCAGGGACUCUACAUACAGACCCUGCUUCCCGGGAGCCCCGCGGCAUCUGAUGGACGCCUGUCACUGGGAGACCAGAUCCUGGAGGUGAAUGGCAGCAGCCUGAUAGGUGUCAGCUACAUGAGGGCAGUGGACCUGAUCCGACACGGAGGCAAGAAGAUGCGAUUUCUGGUUGCCAAGUCUGACACGGAGACAGCCAAGAAAAUCCGCUUCCGCAAACCCCCUUCCUAAUAGACCGAAGGACCCUUGUCCCCACCACCUGCUUCCUGUAUCCUCUCCAGGUGCCACCAACAGCCACCCAUGGCACGCCCCUGCCCCUCACACCCCAGUCCAGCCAAUCCUGGGUUUUAAAGUUGACUGAGUGUGUCCCUAUGUUGUGGCCUCACGUUGAGGACACCUGUUGAUAGUGUGCAUCUUAGUGUAUAUUUAUUUAUAUGACAGAUGACACUAAGUUGUGACAUUUCCUACAGAGCUUUUAUGUUUAAAGACUUUAAUGGAGAAUUCAGAUUCAAUAAACUAUCUUUUGUAUUCUUAUA